UAGGUACUUGAGGUAUGGUGGCCGGACGGAUCGGAGAUACUUUUCUCCUUGGAUGACAUAAUAUCGUCCCCCGAACAAUGACCGCCGCCGCGCAGGCUGACAACGAACACUUGGUUGGGGUUCCACGUAGUGCUGUUCAAUAAUGCGCGCAUCUUACAAUGGAGGAAAUAGAGAUUUGAAUUGAGAAACGCUAUCAUAACCACAACCACUGCACCGGUACCUGUUAGCUCAGUGCACCCAGCUGCACCCUUGAAGAAUGGCGACCACACGUCUGCCAUUUCUAUAUCCGAAUUUCUUUCGAGCGGUGCGAGCAUGUGAGCCCACAACGUACCACUCCAUUCGAGCGCCUCCCGCCAACAAUGCGCAAUCUGCGCGCAAGGCGAGACUACACACUUCAGUCCGAAGGCAACAAGAUGCUGUUCCCCAACGAUAUGGUCCAGCCGCCUCAGAAAGCCAUUUGCCGCCUCCCCAGAAACCGUCCGAUUCAUCUAAACCCGCAAAGAAAGAAGGCCAGGACAGCCUGCAAGGACAACAGCAAGCAGGCAAAAGCCAGGACUCGUCGUCCUCUUCCGCUUCUCAGCAGCCCGCAGCAAAGAAGUCGGAGCCAAAAGAGGAGUCAAUAGGUCAAGAUGAACCCCAACAAUCAAACAGCGAGUCCGACUACAUUGACGAAGCGUCCUUGGUGUCCAAGAACCAUAAAAUCAAGCCCGAAGAGCAGGGUCCGUUGGAGAACAAGGAACUAGACAUGGUCCUCUCGAUGCCAUCGCCUUCAGACAUGAAGAAGAACAAGGACCCAUCCAGACAUCCGCAUCUGGAACCGCCUCCAUACGAACACCACUUCGACACGUACGGUCUGGUCCAGCAGCUGGCGGCGAAGAACGCCUACACCGUCGAUCAAGCCAUAACGCUCAUGAAAGCCAUUCGACGAAUGUUGUCCGUGAACCUAGACAUGGCCAAGGAAGGACUAGUGUCCAAGUCGGACAUUGAGAACGAAUCAUACCUGUUCCGCGCGGCAUGCUCCGAGUUGAAGACGACGCUGCAGACCACUCGACACUCCGAGACGUUGAAGCAGCGCAGCCAGCGGGCUCAAUUGCAGCAUGAGUUCGACAUUCUGAACCAAAAAGUCACUCAGGAUCUCAUGACCCUCCGCGAAGAACUGAAGGGCUUGUUCAACGACCGCAAGUUACGCUUGCAGGAGGAUAAACGCAAGAUUGACAGCAAGAUCUCGGAAUUGAACUAUGAAAUCACUGUACUACUGAACAGCGAGGCAAAGAGCGAGGUUGAGGGUUUGCGUUGGGUCUUGACUCGUCGUGCUGCCAUGGCUAUUGGGUUCUGUGCUUUCAUGAUCAUAUCGGCCCUGAAUUACUCGUCCAUCAAAAUGCGCGAGAAGGAAGAAGCAGAGAAGAAGCGCAAGGCUGCCGCCAAGGCGAUGGAAGAGCGCGUCGAGGCUCGCUAUUCUACUCCCAGUCGGGCGCAGAGCACGCAAACUGACGAGGCUAAGCCGCCCGUCAACUAUGAGGAGAGUCUGGGUUGAGGGCCUUUCUGUCUGUUUGUUUCAAUCAUGUUGGGCCCUAGUCUCAUCUCUUAACAUGAAAGCGACCUUCGUCACGGAACGGCUUUCACCUUAUGGACGCUGGUUGACCCAUCUUCUCUUCCGUCUUACAACAUGGACAGGCCAAGCAUUGUGUUGGGUCAGAGAUACACUGACUGGCCUCGCAAGCACUUCAUGACAGGGUCGGAAUUGAAUGAAGGGCGAAAGGCGGCACAUUUGAAGAGCAUAGACGACAGUAUACUUUAUCACCCAGUUAUUGGAGAGCUAGGCGGACAAUCCGACGGUUAUGACUGUCGGCAGAUGUGUACCAGUAUAGACUGGCGCACUUCAACAGGGAACAGCACAGGUUGAGAGAAACUUUCUCGCCCAAGCCUUCCUUGCAAGCAUGGUGGUGUCUAUCUCUAGGUACCUACAUAUCAUCAUAAGGUACAUAUCAACGAACAAAUUAUGAACCUGGAUCUGAAGCCAAAGGCAACAAAUAUCAGGAGACCCUGCCGAGGUCGGAAGGUUCUGCAGCGUGCCACACUACCUAGAGUAACACCGAUCCAAGAAACAUCAUUAGACUGCA